AUGUCAUCGCCGUGCCCCUCCUCAUCCUCACCUCUGCUAGCUAGCAUAGCCAGCAGCCUUCACUCGCCGUCGAGAGAUGCACUGCAGCAGCCGCUACUGAACCGGCGACCUGCCCCAGUGCGACCGCGUCCCCGCGAGGAGAGGAGCGUUUGCGCACGCCCAGAGAAGUCCGUCAAGAGUAUCACCCAGGCCCGCGCUCCGCCGCUGCAGGUUGUUCCGGUCUUUGUCCGCGAGGUGGAAGAACCUUCCACAAAGCGUCAUCAUGCAGAGCCGGAAUCUAGCCCAGGACGAGACAGCAGCAGCGGCUCUGUUUCCCGGAGUGCGGUGGAGACAGCAGUCGUGAUUUCCGCUCCGCUGCUUUCUCUGUCGAGCACCUCUUCGUGGGCGGCGCCUUCGUCUUUUCGUUCUCUCUGCACCUUCACCGGUGAGUGCCCGGUGGUGGGGACGUGGGGUGCACGGGCUCGUCUCCCAGACUCGCCACGAAGCAAUCACUCAGGCAGCAAUAUCGCCUCGAGGAGCCUUUCGACCGCAUCUACACACCCAAUGGUGAAUUCCACAGCGGCAGAUGUCUUAUCUUCUCCCUCGUUGGGGGUCGCGCCACCUUCGCUCUCUGCGACUUGCUCCUCCAUUGUAUCUGCUUACCAUGGCCCACGCGUCGUAUGCUCGCAUCCGCCGCCUGCAUCAGCGUCUACUGUACCUGUCGUACUCACUGAGGCAUCCACACCGUUACCAGUGUCAUCGCUGCCACACCGCAUUCGCCAGCACGAGUUGCGCCCAGCGGACUUCCGUCGUGAGGAGGUGCUCGGUGAGGGGAGCUAUUCGAUCGUUACCCUCGCCACGCACCGUGCGUCGGGCCUAUUCUUUGCGCUGAAGGAGAUUGACCGCAGCCGCCUGCGAUGGCGACCGCUGGAGGCGCAGCUACGCUGGGAGAUCAACCUGCAGCGAACGUUGCGCCACCCGCAUAUAGUGCGGCUCUACAGCUACUUCAUUACACCAGACUGUAUCAAUCUUGUGCUAGAGUACUGCAGCGGCGGGACGCUGCUGAGCCGCUUGAGAGCUGCACCACAGCACCGCUUGUCGGAGGGUCAGGCAUCCCGCUACACUCGUCACGUGGCAAAGGCGCUGGUGCAUCUGCACGAGCUCGGAGUGGCGCACCGAGACCUGAAGCUGGAAAAUGUGCUCAUCGAUGCGGACGGUAUUGCCAAGCUUGCGGACUUCGGCUGGUCACGUCCUGUCGUGCAUCCGUUGCCAUCCAGCGGGUCAGCGGCUCCUGUUCGGACUGCUUACGACAGGAAAGAUGCGCCGCUUAACGGCGCGGAGCACGUUACAAGCAGCGAGGACCCAACGGAGGGGGCGGCGGAGGGUCGCCGCACCGUGUGUGGCACACUGGACUACCUCUCGCCUGAGAUGGUCUCCGGUCAAGCACACUCGGCCAAAACAGAUGUCUGGUCGCUCGGUGUUAUGCUGGCAGAGAUGUUGACAGGCAUCCCACCGUUCUACACGGAGUCGACGCAUCAGACAUUGCACGCCAUACAGCGGUUGCCGCCAAACCUCAGUGCUUCACACCCCACACGCCGCGGACCGGUGGCCCCUGGUAGCGGAACCACCGCCACCGCUGAUGCAUCUCUGACUCUCCACGAACCGGUUGCCCUUUCUGCAGGCGCGCUCUCUCUCAUUCACGCGAUGCUCCAGAAGGAUCCAGCAGCGCGGCCGACAAUGUCCGAGGUGUUGUCCCACCCCUGGCUGCAAAAACUCGUGCGGAAGUCAUGA